AAGAUGUAUUGAUUCGUGUCUGUCUCUUCGUUGACGUUUAUUAUGAUUUGUUAGAAUUUCGCUGCUUUUAUAGUUUCGAUGUUAAUUAAUAAAUGGAAUACGUUUUGAUUCCAAAACCACAUGUAUUUAAAAUAAUCUUGACAAUAUGAAUGAAGAGGACAAAAAAGCGAUUGAGCAGAACCUCAACUUGAGGAUAGGAGGCGAUAUAAAUGAGCUGAAAGCAGCAACUGCUUUAGAAAAUGAAUUAGUACUGAAAAGAGAUAAAAUUCAAGGCCUAUUAAAUUUAGCCAAUGCUGAUGUGCCAGCAAAGCUAUCAUCAGCAUUAAGGAAGUCAGAAUUAAAUUCUACUCAAGUAAAAAAACUCAGUGAUAGAAAUGAAGAACUUAAAAAGAAAGUUGAAGCAUUCCUUAAAAAGACGGAACCAUUAAGAAAUGAUGUUGAAAGCAGGUUUGAAGCUAUCAAAAAGUUGGAAGAAGUAUUAGUUUAUUUAAAGACUUAUGAGCAAAUUGAUGACAUGAGCCGACAAAUGAAACAGACCAAUGAUGAGGAACAAAUGGUUGCACUGUACCUUGAGUUCCGGAAAGGAUGUCUAGCUUAUCAAAAGGGACACCGAGCCAUGUAUGUGAGGGAGUAUAGACAUUACUGGCACAAUGUUCUGAAGGAUAAAUUUACUAAGAGUUACGAAGAAGUCCUGAAAUCACUCAAAUGGCCAUUUUCAAGUCCACCAGAAGCUUCCCCGCCUCCAAAAGAAGUGCUAGCAAAGUUCACCAGUCUGACUAAAAACCUUUUCCUUAUUGAGGAACCUGAAGACUUCAUGACUGAUGUGAAAGAUGAGUCAGGGCAAGUUGAAAAACUCCCUUGCCUACCCGUUCGUAUUCUGUUACGACCAUUGAAAAAAAGGUUCCAGUUUCACUUCACGGGAUCUAGACAGACGGCCCGUAUUGAUAGACCCGAGUGGUUCUUAACACAGACCCUUACUUGGAUCAAACAUCAUCAGGGCUUUGUUAGAACCCAGGUUCAGCCGGUCGCCGAUAAGAUAGAAUUGGGGCAUGUUAGGGCUGUGGACGAAUUCAACUCUGGCCUCAUAGCGUUAUCAGCUGAGAGACUCCAUACAGUCCUAGCAUUGUAUCACACGCAAGCCGCUAAAGGCGAUAUUGUGGACGUCGACGCAGCGUUCGCGCACGCGGUUGAUGAGACACUAGGCUUCCAGAAAGAAUUGAUGGAGAUAACUGGGAAAGAUGUUAACAGUGUACUGUCCAUCUUAACGAAGGCUGAAACGUUUGUGAGAUGGUUGUCCGUUGAAAAGAAGUAUGCUCUAGCAAAGAUGGACGAAAGUCUCGGUUGUUCGCAAUGGAGUGAGGGUGUUGGAGCGGGCGCGGGCGCGGCCACCGGCUCCGCGCUGUGGAUCCCGCGCGCCGCGGACUGGUUCGUGACACUACUGCGGACCAUUGAAGAUAGAUAUGUGUUGUUGCCGCAGCCGGGACAUAGACUACAAUUUUUAGAACUACAACUAGAGCUCGUAGAAGAAUGGCGCGUACGUCUCACACAGCUGUUAGGUGCCGCUCUGGACUCUCUCCACGUGGACUCGUUCCUAUCAGCUGACGCGUCUUCCCACCCUCUGACUGCUGUGAUCAAUGCAGCUCAUCACACACGUACUGUGUUGUUGCAGUGGGCACAUUCUUUGCACUACCUCCAACUCCACUACUACCGGCGUCAGUUCCAAAACUUUACUCAACAACAGCACCACGAGGAAGAAGAGGAGGCCAGCUCGUCAGAUAGUUCAGACAGUGAGUACUCCGAACCCGAAGAAGAUGGGGUCAGGAAACCUCGUAAAGAUUCUACUGCAGAAGCACUGUCGUUGAUGGAAGUGGAAGUUCGUGCCAAGAAUUUGGCGCUGAAUGAAAUGUCCCGGCAAAAUUCAAUAGCCCCUGAUUUGAACCAGUAUGAUGUUACAGCACCAAUAGUGAACCUAGCGGUAGCAGAGCCUCUCACUGGGGAGGACGAAGCUGAGGAAGCGGGCGUGUUCGCGGAAGCACCCGCCUUGUUAGCGAGGUUACGAGACGCCGGCCUCGCCGCGCUCGCCGAACAUAUCCUGCUGGAGUUUAAAGCUGGGCUAAAGGAUUAUAAGCGGCAAAAAUGGCACGGCCUACUAAUCGUAGAAGAGAUGGCGCUAAGCGUGUCGACCUCGCUCUGCCGCCCGCUAGCCGCUCUCUGCACUCGUCUAUCCGUAGCUGCUCAACGUCUAGCGCCAACACUCACCACUAGACUGCGAGCACAUCUUGCCGAUAUCGUUGACAACUAUAUCUUCGAGGAAAUCGUGCUGGAAAGUUGGUUCAACACCGGUGGUACUAUGCAGUUUACUCAUGACGUCAAACGAAACCUGGUACCCGCCUUCGCCCCUCCGAACAAAGUAGCUUCGCAAGUCAACCAACUACCUAGACUCCUAGAAGCAUGCCGCCUGCUGAACCUAGACUAUGAUGACGCGCGUCGUCUCCGCGCAGUACUGACAAAGCAGCCCGGGGCCGCGGCCGAGAGUCUCGCUCACUACCACAUCAACAACAUACAACACGCACAUGCCCUACAGAUACUGAACCAGCGGACAGACCUGAGUGACAGCGCUAGUCCGUCAUCAGUCAUGGAGUUAUUCUGAAAUUACGAGGGAGGAGGCGUUUAAAAUGUUUGCUAAAACUUGAGUGGAUUGGCCGGGUCAUGUUGUCGUGUAACUUGUGAGCUACUGUUCCGGGAAGUGGUUUUGUCGAGGCUACCCGAUAACAGAAGGUAAUUCUAGAGCAAGGUGAUAUACUCUGUUGAUAGUAUUGCUGACAUAUUUCUAUUUAAAUAGGAAUUUAAUUAAUCUUUCUCCAAAAAUAUUUAUUCCGGAAUCUUUUACAAGCAUUUAAGUUAUCGAGUUCCUUAGUAAAUGUGGUACACAAUUUUUCAUACUCUGACGAUUUUGGCCUUUAAAGACACAUGCGUACAUGCAUGUGUCUUUAAAGGCCACUUCUGAGUUUCUGAACAUUGUCUGUUUUUAAUGAAGCUUAAAAAAAGAAACGAUCCACGUAUCGGGAAUCUAAGCUUUUGGCAAUAUAAUUACUUCUCUAGGACAGUGUCGAAAAGGAUUACAUCAGGCGUGAAUAAAAUUUGUCUCGGUAAAUGAUUAUUAUGGUACCAACAUUAAAACAGCUAAUCAAAAAAUUGUAUUACUUGCUCAGCAUAUAACAUUUACCGAGUCAACAAAAAAAGUUACACGGCAACCCUCUUUCGAAAUCCUAAUUCAAACUUUUAUUUUGCAUCUUUUAGCGUUCAUCUUUUGUUUGGAAACUCUUCCACCAUUAGGAUCAUUAAACUAUCGAAACCCUGUGACAAGAAUAUCAGCUGACUUUUAUUUUCAUUCCACGAUUUGGUUUGAAUAUCAAUACGGACGCGGUAAGGUCACAGGUAUUUAGUACUCGCAAGAGUAACGCUUAAUGUUUCCGCGUCAUAUGAUUCUUGUAAGCCUUUUAUUAGAUCGUGUUUUAGAAGCCACGCACGUAGUCAUUAUUUUUUAAUGUGAUAGGUUGUGUCGUUGAUCUUGUAAUGGUGAUUUAUUAUUCCUUUUGAACUUCGCCGUAUAGUUUCUGUUCUAUUUAUAAACCAAAUUAAAACUUUGUACAAAAAGGCGUCAUACUAUUUGAAAUAAAAAUGCCGUUAAAAAUCCGUCACAAAGAUAAAUCAUAUGAAAAAGCAAAACGAACACUGCCAUAAUAAAGAUACUAAAUCAUGAUUGAAUCUGUUGACAUUGUCAACGACCAAACAACCUAUCACAUAAUCACAAUCGUUUAGUAUAAAAAUCACGCUUUUUAUAACACUUUGAACAUAAAUCAUUCGAGUAAAACUCAUUGAUUCGACGGCAUUAGCUAGCGGCAAGUUGUUUUAGCAAAGAAUAGCCUCCUCCUUAAUCUAAACUUAAUAUAGCUAUCAUAUUAUCUGUAGAUUUGUGUAUUACAUGUUUGCUGUCAUUUAGAGGAUCAUCAUGUACUGGAACUUAGGUAAGGCCAGCGGCAACGUAAAUAAUGUAGUUAGAAGAACAUACCACCUAACCUUUACUAAGUUACCGGACGAUACCAAGCGACAAUAUUAUAGUAGAUUCAUUGCCAUGCCGUUAGGUAUCCGUCGUUGGGCGUUUCGUGGUACAGAGGAAAGUUUUCUAGAGGUAUCCUUCUACCUCUUAGAGUGAGACAUUUGCAUUUCUGCGUCGGUCAAUAUUCCGAUCAUUUUUCUUGAAUUUUAUUAUCCGUUGGCCUUACUUUCUAAAUAUUUUUAAUCUCUUAAGGUUGUUAAUACCUAAUGCACUAUAUGUGUGUAUAUGUGUACCCUACAUUCUUAUAGAAAAAUCUGUGUAAUAAUAAGAAACGUGUACUAUGACGUCAUAUUUUUUCUUGACAGUAAACUUGGAGCACAGAUUAUUCAAAAAGCACAGGAUUUUUAGAAAUAUUUAAACCAUGAUAUUGUAGACUCUUAGAGGUAAGUAUUUAUUUAUUGAAGUAAAUAUUUAGAUAACUGUAGGAGUGAUAUUGUAAUGGAUGUAAAUAUUUUUGAAAUUAUAAUUGAAAGCAGUUUCACAAAUAGCCGCCCUUUAUUAUGUUGUCUAUGUUUCAGAUAUUCUUUAAAACUAACGUUUUCUGUUACCAAAGGAGGUUUUAUAUUAAGAUGUAAAAUAUUUGUAUUAAGUUUGAAUUUCGUAUCAUGUUAUGUAUCAAUUGGUUCAAGCUUGACUUAUCGAAAAAAUAUAUUUAUUUAUUUACGUUGUAUUUGUCUCAAUAAAACUUAUGGUCACAUCAUGACGCAUUUA